AUGCUCUUUUCAAACUUGGUUUUAUUUUACUUGAUUCCCGUGAUUCUUGCCCUCCCUGACCAGUCGCAAUCAUGCAUUAGCAACUUGCAGAUUCCAUUCACUGGUUACAAAGUUGAGUUUCAACUACAAUUGCAACCUUUGAAAAGCAGUUACCAUUUACUAUACUGCAACGACAACAAACUUAUCUACGACGUUAAUCUCAAUGGCACUAUUCCCUGGACAAAGCCAGUGACAUUCUACAGACACGGCAACGUCGAGGACAACUUGAUCCUCGCUCGUCGCAAAACUUUUGCACUACGGAGCAUUCCCAUCUUUCUCCCCAAUACGCUCGUGGGCUCGCUUUACUACGGCGAUAAAUUGACGCCGUCAUCGAACCAUAACUCCACCACCACCACCACCAAGUCGAUGCCCUUGAUUGCAGCCAACAUCUUCCGCAACUGGUGCGAGAUAAAUUACAAGUUCCAAUUUAUCUAUCACAUCCCCAUCUUGACCACGCCAAGCAUCGAUUCCAAGCGAUACAGCUUUGGCUUCUUUGAUAACAAGGCCCGCAACGAUUGGAACAAGUACAUCUCGAUGCUGGAGGAUUACAACUUUGAUCACGAUUCGCGUGUCUCGGCACGCAGGAAUUUUGAUAUGCUCGUGAACCAGUUGAACUUGAUUAUCCACGAGCACGAGUUGUUGGGUAAAAGGAUCAAGUUGGCGUUUGCUAAGCUGGAAUGGGCCCAGUUGUGGUGGCUGUUGGUGUUGAUUUCCAAGUCGGUCAAGGCUAGUGUCUUUAAUAAGUUGAUGCAGAAAUUGGAUGCUGUCUUGCCGCAAUCGGUGCCGACGGGAACUACAUACUAA